AUGGGGUUAAACUCUUUCUUCGACUCAGAUAUUGAUGUAUGCUUAUUGUAUAAAAUGAGCAAGGGGAAGAACUCUUUUUGGUAUCCAUAUUUGGUGCAUUUACCCCGUGACUAUGAUCUCUCGGCUACAUUCGGAGAAUUCGAGAAGCAAGCAUUACAAGUUGAAGAUGUUGUUUGGGCUACAGAGAAAGCCAUAGCCAAGUCUCUGUCUGAGUGGAAGGAAGUUGGUCCGUUGAUGAAGGAGUUAGAUCUCAAGCCGAAGUUUCAGAGUUUCCAAGCAUGGCUUUGGGCUUUUGCAACUGUGGACGCCGAUUUAAUUUCCAGUUAUGUUGAAAACAACUUUCAUGCUUGUGUUCAAGAGAAUGCAAACCCUGGUAAAGAAUGUCAAGCAUUCCUAAUAGAAUUUUCCAUUGGAGUAGAGAAAACAAAAGACUCUCAACAAAGAUGCUUAAAACAACUUUAA